CAGCAGUAGCCAGCAGCCAGCAGCCAGCAGCCAGCAAAGAAAGAAGCCAAGAAGCGCCAAAGGAGGAAGAAGACUCCUCUCUCUUCUCCUCCCUUGGCUGCAAUUGCAAUACUGCAAUACAGCAAAUCCAUAUCCAGAGAAGCGGUUGAAUUCCAGGAGCCGUGUUUGCGCAGAGAACGCAUGCUGCUUCUGGAAUCGUUUCCUGCCUACUUUUCUUCUCCUCCCGUUUGGCUGGGCGCCGCUGCUCUCUCCGCCUCAGCUCCUCCUCCUCCUCCUCGUCGCUCUCUUCCCUGUCGCGGCUGUUGCGUUUUGCCAGUUAGAGCCCGACUGCGUCGGAGCCGUGGCGGGGAUUGUUGUUGCCGGUGCCAAAAAUCUGAUCUUGGCGAAGGUUUUGGGGUGGAAAGAUUGGGUUUUCUUUGGCUGGGAUUUUCAUGGUUAUAGGAACCUGUGGCAGACAGGAUUUGGAGUUCUGAGUUUGAAGUACUUUUGAUGUGAUUCUUGGCGCUUCGGAGAUCCAUUUUUGUGGGUUUGUUGCGAGGCUCUGAAGUUUUUCGCUAUCAAAGGUGUGGAAGCAGUUUAUUUUUCCAGUACAGAAGGACUGUUAGUACUGUGGAGAUUUCGUUGGGAGCUCAAGUGUUUGUCUGAUUAGCUAAAGCUCCAAUCGUUUUGUUGAUUGAAGAAUUGAAGGUGGAGGUGUUCUUGUGGACACUGAGUCCGAAUUUUGUGUGUGAGAUCACCUGAAUUUGUUGGAGGCCGAAUGCUUAUUGCUAGGAUAAAUCUACAUUUUGGUUUCUGCAAAGACUGAAGUGGACUUGCUUGCUGGGGAGUGUGCUUGGUACGAGGAUUUGAGGAGGAGCUGUAGCUGAGGUGAAAAGAGAUCGAUGGCGUCGCUGUCAGAGAGCGAGGGGACAAAUAGGGGGAGCAUGUGGGAGCUGGAUCAGAACCUUGAUCAGCCCAUGGAUGAGGAGGCAAGCAGGCUGAAGAAUAUGUACAGAGAAAAGAAGUUUUCGUCGCUUUUGCUACUGCGGCUUGCAUUUCAGAGCCUGGGGGUGGUCUUUGGUGACUUGGGUACAUCACCAUUGUAUGUGUUCUAUAAUGCCUUUCCUCAUGGAGUAGACGAUGAAGAGGAUGUUAUUGGUGCUCUUUCCUUGAUCAUUUACACCCUUACCCUCAUUCCUCUUCUGAAGUAUGUUUUUGUUGUCUUGCGGGCAAAUGACAAUGGUCAAGGUGGCACAUUUGCUCUUUAUUCCCUGCUAUGCCGUCAUGCAAAGAUUAGCACUAUACCCAACCAACACAAGACUGAUGAGGACCUGACGACAUAUAGUCGGCAAACAUACGAGGAGAAUUCAGUAGGAGCAAAAAUUAAAAGAUGGCUAGAAGCGCAUGCAUAUAAAAGAAAUUGUCUUCUUAUUGUUGUUCUCAUUGGUACUUGUACAGCUAUUGGAGAUGGAAUCCUUACCCCUGCUAUAUCAGUUCUUUCUGCAUCAGGUGGAAUAAAAGUUCAAAAUCCGAAUAUGAGUACUGAUGUUGUUGUAAUUGUUUCCGUGAUCAUCUUAAUUGGAUUAUUUAGCAUGCAACACUAUGGUACAGACAAAGUUGGAUGGCUCUUUGCACCUAUAGUGCUCCUCUGGUUCAUUCUAAUUGGAAGUGUCGGAGCACUGAACAUACACAAAUAUAAAGGCUCUGUGCUAAAAGCAUACAAUCCAGUCUAUAUAUACCGGUAUUUCCAGCGACGAAAUUCUGAUAGCUGGGCCUCUCUUGGAGGAAUCAUGCUAAGCAUCACAGGAACUGAAGCACUAUUUGCUGAUCUAUGCCAUUUUCCUGUAUUUGCCAUUCAGAUUGCAUUCACCUUGAUUGUAUUCCCAUGCCUUCUACUGGCAUACACAGGGCAGGCUGCUUAUAUCAUUGCCCACAAGGACCAUGUUGCUGAUGCUUUUUAUCGCUCCAUUCCAGAUUCCAUAUACUGGCCAGCAUUUGUCAUAGCAACUGCAGCAGCAAUAGUUGCAAGCCAGGCCACCAUAUCUGCGACUUACUCGAUAAUAAAGCAAGCUCUUGCACUAGGCUGCUUUCCCCGUGUAAAGAUAGUGCACACCUCGAAGAAAUUCCUUGGGCAGAUCUACAUCCCUGACAUCAAUUGGGUCCUUCUAAUUCUUUGCAUUGCUGUGACUGCUGGAUUCAAGAACCAAAGUCAGAUAGGAAAUGCAUAUGGAACUGCGGUGGUUAUAGUUAUGCUAGUCACAACAUUUCUGAUGGUACCAAUAAUGUUGCUGGUGUGGAAGAGUCACUGGAUUCUAGUUGUCACCUUUAUUGUGCUUUCGUUGAUGGUGGAAAUCCCCUACUUCUCGGCCUGCUUAUUGAAGAUUGAUCAAGGUGGUUGGGUCCCACUUGUCAUUGCCACAGCCUUCUUCAUCAUCAUGUAUGUGUGGCAUUUUUGCACAGUGAAGCGGUAUGAAUUUGAGAUGCACAGCAAGGUCUCAAUGGCCUGGAUCCUUGGCCUCGGUCCGAGCCUCGGUCUGGUCAGGGUUCCAGGUAUAGGCUUUGUGUACACUGAACUGGCAAGCGGUGUCCCGCACAUCUUCUCCCACUUCAUCACCAACCUCCCUGCAAUCCACUCGGUUGUCGUCUUCGUCUGUGUGAAGUACCUUCCAGUGUACACCGUCCCGAUGGAUGAGCGGUUCCUCGUGAGGAGGAUCGGGCCAAAGAACUUCCACAUUUUCCGCUGUGUUGCGAGGUACGGGUACAAAGACCUCCACAAGAAAGAUGAGGACUUUGAGAAGAUGCUCUUCAACUGCCUCUUGUCCUUCCUGCGACUCGAGAGCAUGAUGGAGGGCUAUUCCGAUUCUGAUGACUUCAGUGUGCCGGAGCAGAGGACGGAGGGAUCCAUCAGCAAUGCAUUUCUGGCUGAGAAAACCAACAACAACACAAUGUGCUCCAAUGGUGACCUGAGCUACUCAUCACAGGACUCCAUUGUGCCAGUGCAGUCACCUCUGAGGGGGAACAGCCUACUGAGGUAUUCAAGCCAGGCCAGCCACACUGUCAGUGAUGAACUGGAGUUCCUGAACCGGUGUAAGGAUGCCGGUGUCGUCCACAUCCUCGGGAACACCAUCGUCCUCGCGAGGAGGGAUUCGGGGAUCAUCAAGAAGAUCGCGGUAAAUUACAUGUAUGCCUUCAUGAGGAAGAUCUGCAGGGAGAACAGUGUGAUCUUCAAUGUUCCCCAUGAGAGCUUGCUUAAUGUUGGCCAAAUAUAUUAUAUAUGAAACGCAUUUUCCGGCUUAAUUUGUGUAGGAGUAGGGCUCCAUGGAAGAGGGAGGGAGGCAGCUGUACAUGUUUUUUAGGGAGAAGCAACUGUAAAUUAUUAAUAAACAGUCAUUUUUCAUGGGGGGUGUAAUUAGUGAGUUGUAAAUGCAUAUGACAAAUGAAUGGAUCAGAUCGAAGCAUGAGAGAGAUCUGAAGGCUACUAUUUUCUAGAUGAUAUGACUCAAUACAUGUUAA